AUGCCUGUAACACCUAGCCAGGCAAGAACAAAAAAGUGCCAGAGGGCCUGUGAGCGAUGUCGAUCAAUGAAGGUUAAAUGCUCCGGGGUCAGCCCUUGCACAAGAUGUGCGCGGAAGAAGAAGCAUUGUCACUUUCCGGUGGAAGAGGCCCGGGUCUCCGUGUCGGAACGGUACUUGCGAGAGCUAGAGGAGCACAUAUCCAGAAGCGGAAGCUCCGGGCGACAUGGACUCCCGGUAGCUUUUGAUCACAGUCUAGGAGGUACACUAUUUACAGGCGAUGAUAAUGUUGAUGUUCCUCCGACCCCUCAAGCAUCCAGCACACUGCUAGACAAUCAAGCAGAUAUUGGAUGGCGUUCAAUGUCAAUUGGUAUGCUGUAG